ACAAGUAUUCGCAAAAAAAAAAAUACUAACAAUAAUAUAAAGACCUGAAAAGACAUAAAAAACUUUAGUUAUUUAGUAUUUACUAGAUUUAAAGGAAACUCAUAAAUACGCUUACAUUCAUAAAAACUCUGGCUAGUGAGAGACGUUGGUCAUUGUAUAAAAUAAUUUUCGAAAAAUAUGUUCACCGAAUUUGUUAUAUUUAGUCACCUUAUGACAUUGCUUUGUUCCCCGUUAGUCGAUGCAGAUGUUACUGGAUUUAUCAGCGACUGUCCCGGUUCAGAAAAGCCUUCCAUAAUUACAAAGGAAAAUUUAAAUUACCUGAGUAUCACGGUCUUAGGAGCUAAAUCUAAUACAAAAAGGAUGUAUUCCUACUAUCAAAUGGAGCAAUUUGCUAAAGAUCCCAACAUGGAUUAUACCAAGAAAACCAUGAUUUAUGUUGGUGGUUGGAUAGACAGUGCAGCUUCUCCUGUUGCUUUGGUAUUUCAAAAUGUCUAUAGAAAUUUGGGAUAUAACAUUUGGUUGGUGGAUACUAGUAGAUUUACAAUUAUGGUGUAUCCACGGGCGGCCCGACUAAUACGUACUGUGGGUAAGCACGUCGGCGAAAUGUUAUACAACUUAACCCAACAUAACGUUGGCUUCAAUCCGAAGAAAAUCGAGAUGUUGGGCAUAAGUCUUGGCGCGCAAACAAUGAGCUACAUAGCCAAAACCUACAAAGCACUGUCCGGUACGAAAAUAGGUAGACUGACCGGUUUAGACCCAGCCGGCCCCUGUUUUAGGAACUUAGGCCCCGAACAACGACUGGACAAAAGUGACGCCGAUUUCGUUGAUGUGGUUUCGACAAAUAUCGAUGGCCUCGGAAUGCCCGGUCCCAUUGGCCAUGUUAAUUUCUACGUGAACGGUGGAGAACAUCAGCUCAAUGAUAUGGCUUGGGCAUACUGCGAUUUGCUUUGUAGUCAUCUGAAAGUACUUCAGAUAUGGUAUUCCGCUGUGAAUAAUCCGCAUUCGUUUAUAGCGAUGCAAUGCGACUCGGUACAACAAGCCAGGGAGAUAAAUUGUUACGAACGUCAACCGCUUGUGACGAAUGUACUCGGUCUCAAAGUUAAUAAAACGAAACAGGGCAUUUUCUUUUUAGCGACGACAUAUUAUUAUCCUUACCAUAUGGGUAAGAAGGGAUUGAAAAGAAAAUAUGAUCCUAAUAGAAGUGCCGCAAGAAAUAUGAAUUUGGACGAUGUGUUGAUUUUAUAAAAUUAAGCAUUUGAAUUGUUUAUUGUAAAUGAAUAAUUCAAAUGCUUAAUUUUAUAAUUCCAAUGCUUAAUUUUAUAAUUCAAAUGCUUAAUUUUAUAAUUCAAAUGCUUAAUUUUAUAAUUUAAAUGCUUAUUAUUAAAUUAUGAAUUGGUUAUUGUAAAAUAGGUACAAUUUAUGAAUGUUUAUUUGACUUUGUCUGAAAAGUCGUUAGUAAAUUUACUUAGGAGUUUAAUUAUUAAGAUUAUAUUUUAAAUAAAACUGAUAAAAAUGUUUAUUCUCUUUUUCGCUUUACAGUUUCUUAUUUUAGAUAGUUUAAUUCUUUAUUAAAAGACUUUUAAUGUUUAAUUUUGUUGUGUUACAACUUUUAUUAAUUACUAUAUUUUUAUUUUUUUAAUUCUAACUUAAUAUCAGUUGUAUAAUAGUAAUAAGUAGUAGUAUAACUACAUAUAAUAACUGACUACAAACACAAAGGUGCAAGUUCGAGUACAUUUUCGAGUAUAUUUGUAAUUCAAAUAUGUAAUCGCAUUUGUGACCGUAACUGGUCUACGCUAAGUUCAAGAUUGUAUAAUAGCUUUACAUUAUUGUAAUAGUGUAACUACCUGUAGUCAGAUGUAACUGCUGUUAAUUACGUUCCAUUGAUAAAAUAAUGUCAUAAAAUUUUUAUAAAAAUAUUAUUAUACGUAAACGAUGUCUCGACCAUAGCUAGUCUGCAUCGAAUUUUGGUAAUAUACACGCAGUAUUUUUUUUCAAUGGGUGAUGAUGGAAUGGUAACUCCGCCUGCGCUAACGGCAUACACCGGCGGGGCACCAGUGAAGGAUGAUAGGUGAGGAUGAAGCGAGUCAGUUAGCCAAUCGUGACGAAUUCAACAAGAAUUGUUCACGAUAGUUUCCAGGGGGAACCACGUGGAAUAUACGCGCAGCUAUGACAGUGCAUGCAUUUACAGUUUUACAGUAUUACAAUAAUACGACUGCAUGUAGUCAAAUUUGACUGUCGAAGAUGAAAUUUGCAUGAAUUUUAUAGUAUAUUAUUAUGAUUUAUAUAGUACAGUAUAAUAUAUAAUAUUAUUAUGUGUUACAAUCAUUCAUUACUCCUUAAUGAGCUCCCUGCCGAGGUUUUCCCGAAAGACUACAGCAUGGGGUUCUUCAAAAGGGGGGUAAAGAGGUUUCUUCAGAGUCGGCAACGCGCGCGUAAUACCUCUGGUAUUGCAGGCGUUCAUAGGCUACGGUAACCGCUUACCAUCAGGUGGGCCGUAUGCUUGUUUGCCACCUCAGUGGUAUAAAAAAAAAUACUUAUAAACAUUAAAAUUAACUAUUAAAUAUUAUUCUUAAUUUACAUAAAGUUAUAGUUGCUUAUAUAUUAGAUGUAAUAUACUAAGAGUAAAUAAUGUUUUUUUUUUUUUUUUUUUUUACAACACAGGGGGCAAACGAGCAUGCGGCUCACCUGAUGGUAAGUGACUACCGCCGCCCAUGAUCACCCACAACACCAGCGGCAUUGCAGGUGUGCUGCCGGCCUUUUUUCUUUUGCAAAGAGUCAAAGAGUUUAUUAUACCUAUUUGUUUGUAUAUAUAAAAUACAAUACACUCUUGUAUUAUGUCGUUAUAUUAAACAUGUUGUAAAUACCUUUUGCUUAAUAAAUAAAUAUUUCAGUGUCAUA